AUGAAUAACCAUUUCUCAAAGUCGGUCACUAAUCUUUCCUCAAUAAACGUGUCCAAAAAACCAUCGGAUCAAAUUGAGAGAGCGAAUUCUCUCAAAAAUCCGCCGCCUUCUUCAUCGGCUACACAGAAAAAAUCGAAGAUCGGGGUACGUUUUUUUGUUAAUAAUGGUGAUAUAAAAAUCUUUUUUUUUCAGAAUACACGAAGCUUCAGUUUGACUCGAAAAUCGAGAUAUAUUGACGAGAGCAGCGGUCCGGCAAAUCUGGAAAACAAGACUGGAAUGGAUCCAAAACUUUUCAAUCGAAUUCUCGAAGUUCACAUCAGCAAAAUGCCAAUGGGACCCGGAAUGGAGGAAUUUGAUAAAAUUAAUUAA